AUGGAGGCUGACUCAAGGGUGGAGUGUGACGCGCGCACGGUGAACGGGCGGGACUACGUGGACCCCUCUGUUUUGAUGGUCAACUGCACCUCCCGCUCCAAAGAGCCCUGGUGCCACGGGCUGAGUCCCUUCUUCCUGGGGCCUGUGUCGCUCUACGACGGUCACGUCGCCAAGAACGUAGAGAACGCCUGGCAGUAUGCCAAGGUGUACAAGCAACACGUGGACCCGGUGACGGGCGAGCCUACUGCCGAGUACUGGGAGUGGGCGCUGGCUGGAUGGGCCAACCCGGACCCCGUGCGAUUCCCCAUGGGCAGAGGCGCCAAGCCCGAGUACUCGUACUGGGACGGGAAGAAGUAUGGCUACGUAGCGGCCCGCAAGCGCAUCUACGCACCGCUGUACGCCUCGUUGGUGGAGAACUCGGUGGCGUUCAAGAAGCUGGCCAAGAUAUACCGACAGAACAAGCGACUCUAUCUCUGGGACUUUGAUGGCUACGACCACGUCUCCAUGGGCCGCACCCUGCAGCAGGUGCUGGACGACCCCAACAAGAAGAUGGGCCACGCAUUUGUGCUGUUGAUGCUCCUUCGCGGGGAGCGCCUUUGGGAAACCGACGACAUCCCCGAACUUGACUAUGACCCCAAGGCGCGGGAGCGGGUCCCGAAGCCCGAGCCGAGAGGCCCGCUGACGUCGGCGGGCUUCCUCAUCAAGUCGGCCGACCUCUACCUCGUGUGCCACGCCACCAACAGGAAGCCGCCCGCUGCAACUGACGGCAGCUGGACCAUCUCGAAGGGCAUCGUCGACGCGGACGAGACGCCGAUCGAGGCGGCCAUAAGGGAGCUGAAGGAGGAGACGGGGAUCGACCUCAAGGGCGAGGAGCCGCUCACCUCGCUCAUCCCGGCCCCGGACGCUCAGCCCAUCAACUCCUACACCGUAGGCAAGGGUGCCGCCAAGAAGACGGUGCUGGUGUAUGAGAUAGACGACAAGGAGGGCCUGCUGCGAUUGCACAGGACGAAAGAGCUCACGUGCACGUCGCUCAUUGAGGGAGACUACUCGCCCGUGCAUGUGCGCGGCCUGCCCGAGCUCGACGCCUUCUCGUGGGUGACGCAGUCCGACGCGCAGGCCAUGGUCUUCCAGUCCCAGAAGCACCUCUUUGGACCCGUUCCCGAACGCGCACCCAAGGCCAAGGCUGCCAAGCCUCGCGGCCAGCGAGGUCGAGGCCCUGCAGCUGCACCAGAGGCCGAAGCGGAGGGCAGCAAGGAUGACUGA